CAUUCUGGUAGUGUCACUCUCCUUUUUCUUUGUACGGAACUCUACACCGGAGAGCUCCGUCUCCACAGUAGUUAGCCGCCGUUCACUGUUAAUGCUGCUCCGCACAACGUAAAGCUCACAUUUUUGCGCGACAUGGCCGUCGUUCCCAACUCUCUAAGGCUGAAGAAGCUCUUCAACCUUGAUAAUCCCAAUGAUAUCAGAAGACCACCCCAGCAACCCUUAUCACUUUUCCUGUCGACUCUCAGCGAUCUAUUUUCCAAUCCUUCUGCCUCCUCCGUCGCAACCCCUUCCGUCGAUUCAAAAGGCGGUGAUGCUGCAAAACCCAAAUUAAGCUCACGCAAGCAAGCUCGAGCAAUGGCUGAGCUGAUCAAGUUCCAGCAGUGGACUAAUCAAACGGAGUCUUCUCUCACCGCUAUCUCCGGUCCUUCUCUCUCCGCGGAUACUAUUGCUCAGACCAUCAGCCUCAUCAAAGGAUCUCGGAAAGCCCUUCAGUUCUUCGCCUGGGCCGAAAAAAACGGAGUUGCCAAUACACCCCGAUGCUAUUUCGUCAUGCUGGAACUACUCGGGAAAGAGAGGGACCUCAAUGCCGCCCGGAACUUCCUGUUUUCCAUCCCCAAGAGAUCUAACGGUGCUGUAGAACUCGAAGCCAGGUUCUUUAACAGUCUGAUUAAAAACUAUGCUUUAGCUGGGCUCUUUGAAAAGUCCGUUGCCCUUUUCGAAACAAUGAAAUUAACCGGAAUUUCCCCAUCUGUAGUCACAUUCAACACUCUCUUCUCAAUUUUGAUGAAAAGGGGUCGAACAGGUAUGGUCCACCAACUGUAUGAUGAAAUGCACAAGACAUUUGGCGUCAACCCUGAUUUGCACACAUUUAAUAUUUUGAUUAAAGGGUGUUGCAUGAAUUCAAUGGUGAAUGAAGGUUUCAGGUUCUUCAAGGAAAUGGAGAAACACAACUGUGAGCCCGAUGUGAUCACGUACAACACCCUUGUUGAUGGUCUGUGUAGGGCCGGGAAGGUGAAAAUAGCUCAAAAUGUGGUAAAAGGCAUGGUAAAGAAGGGAUCAAAUCUGACCCCUAAUGUUGUCACUUACACCACUUUGCUUAAAGGAUAUUGCAUGACCAAUUCAAUUAAAGACGCUUUGGAUAUUUUCAAAGAGAUGGUUGAUUUAGGGAUAGAACCAAAUAAUAUCACCUAUAACAUUCUCAUACAAGGCCUUAUAGAAGCUCAGGAGUAUGAUAAAGUUAAGGAGCUAUUCAGGGUAGCUAAAAAAGAGAACAAAGGGUUCGUUCCCGACACAUGUACAUUCAACACAUUGAUCAACAAGCAUUGUGAGGAAGGUAAUCUAAAGGCGGCAUUAGAAUCUUAUGAUAAGAUGUCUCUCCUAAAAGUCCAUCCUGACUCGGCCACUUUCAGUAUCUUGAUAAGAUGUUUGUGCCUGAAGGGAGAUUUUGAGACAGCAGAGAAAUUCUUUGAUGAUUUAUUUGAGUCAGAAAUUGUUUUAUCGAAUGCCGGAUGUACACCUGUUGUUGCGGCGUUCAAUUCCAUGUUCAGAUAUUUGUGCAAUAACGGGAAGACGAAGAAGGCCGAUAAAGUCUUUAGACAGUUAAUGAGAAGAGGAAUUCAAGAUCCUUCUACUUUCAAGACUCUCAUCAUGGGACAUUGCAGUGAGGGAGCAUUUAAGGAUGGGCACGAACUUUUGGUUUGGAUGUUACGAAGAAAUUUCCUUCCAGACCACGAAACAUAUGAAUCUCUGAUUGACGGCCUGUUACGCGUGGGAAAACCAAAACUCGCCUAUGAUACUCUUGAAAAGAUGUUGAAAAGCUCACAUCUUCCCACAACUUCAGUGUUCCAUAACAUUCUCAUGGGGCUUGCCAAACAGGAUUGUGCUCUUGAGUCUGCUGAUUUAGUGGUGCUAAUGUUGCUUAAAAAAAUCAGACCAAACAUCACUCUUUCGACCGAAACCAUAAAGAUACUUUUCAAAUCCGGUUUGCGAGAACGGGCAUUUGAGAUUCUUCAGGGUCUACAUGAAAAUGGCUAUUUGGUAAAUAUUGAAGGGUUAAUUUUGUUUCUUUCCCAGAGGAAGGAGUUUUCUGGAGCACAUGAAUUGUUACUUUUUAGCCUAAAGAAUGGUCUUAGUGUUGGGAUAGAUGUGUGCAGCAAUGUGUUGAUUGCACUUUGUAAAGAAGACGGUAGAGCUCUAGAAGCCUUUGAGCUUUACUAUGAGUUAGUGGAAAGGAAAAUUGAAGUGCCUUUGGAGUGCUUAGAAGAUUUAAAACAUAGACUAGAGGUGGAGGGAAGGUCUAAAGAAGCUGAAUUUGUUGCCAAUAGGAUGAUGCCAAAAGGCAGGGCCUAAUUUGUUGCAGAAAGAAACUCAAGCCCCAUUUGUCUACACUAACUUCUUGGAGACUUUUGAAUGGAGACUAUAGGUGUUACUCAACAAAAGUGAAAUAUAUGUGGGAGAGUAACUUAGAGCUCAUUUGGCAAGGCAUGAAAUUGCUGAAGUGAUAGAAUGCGCAAAAUUUACUGGAGAUGUGGGAGAAGUAGUUGAGUAUGCAGAGUUGUGUAAAAAAGUAUUUAUAAAUUUUAACAUAUACUUUGUAUACCUAAAUUAAAUCUGAAGAUAUACAUUGUCUUGUUAAAUCCAGAAACAUCUAGUGUGUGGCAUCAUCUUAUCGGCAAUGCCUUCAGAGAGAGAAUAUUAUCAAAAUCUGAAGACAUGUAAGAUCGAGGCAGCCCGAAAAUCUCCCAGAAAUGGAGAGCUUGAUCUGCUCCAGCUGAUACCACUGUUUAUCCAUCCAGGCUAUUCAGCGGAAAGAAUUGAAUUAAAAAACAGAUUGAAACAUGGAACACUUGUGUGAAGGAGUAUGACACUGAGAGAUGGGGGGUUUACAAGCUUGGAUGACUCAACAUCCCGAAGCUGAAUCUCAGAGCUUGAAUGUCCUACGCCUAAUGAUUUUCCGUCGUUAGACCAUGCAACACUGCUUGCAUAAUGAUCGCUAUGAUUAUCAUUCAAAUCCCCCAAAUGCUGAACUUUACGAUUAACAGCGUUCAACAUGAAGACUAAUGAGUGCAAUGCAAUGGCUACAAUGUUGGUUCUUCCCCAAUCAAUGAGGUUCAAAUAGAAGUCAUCCCUUAGGUUUCCUGCAUUCAGAGUCCUACACUCCUACAUGCCCACUGCGUGCAUAAAAACAUUAAUUCAAUUCAUGUCCUACCUGUAAGGAUCGUAUACUUCCGUCUCCGGCUCAGGUCUUUCUACACACUCUACUCACAUACACCACACUAGGGGAAGCUUUAGCACAACUCUCUGUUUUUAUCUCACCA